AUGGUCCACUGGAGCUCUCCACGAUUCCAUUCCUAUUGUCCCACAGGAAAUUCCUUUCCCUCCAUUUGUGGGGAAAUGUUAAGUGGAAUAUUUGGAUGUAUUGGCUUUUCUUGGUCUUCUUGUCCAGCCUCAACUGAUUUGGAGAUGACCAUGUUGGACUGGUUGGGAAAGAUGAUCGACUUGCCUGAUGAGUUUUUGUUUUCGUCUAACGGGAAGGGAGGAGGUGUGAUACAGAGUGGCGCUAGUGAAAGCACAUUGGUCGCAUUACUUUCUGCCCGAAAUAAAGCCAUAACCGCCAUCCAAGCUACUACCGACUGGAGCCGGGGCACGAUACUGGAGAAACUGGUGUAUUACACGUCGACCGAGGUUGUCGGGACUCUAGGAACAACCAGUUUAUGUGCUUUUGACAAUAUAAAGGAACUAGGAGAACUGUGUAGGAAGGAGAACCUUUGGUUCCACAUCGACGCGUCUUAUGCCGGCGCCGCUUUCAUUUGUCCCGAAUUUAGGUAUCUUUUAAACGGAGUUCAAGUAAGUAACAAAAAAUCUCGUGUUUUAUUAGUUGAAAAGGUGAAAAACGGCGAAGAAAUAGUUAAGCCUUUUUGUAUAACUCCUGAAUACGUGAAAUACGACUUGGAAGAACAAACCGUAGAUUACAGACACUGGGGAAUUACUUUUGGUCGGAGGUUCCGGUCCUUGAAGAUGUGGUUCGUCUUUCGUAUGUUUGGUGUUAGUGGUUUACAAGCUUAUAUACGGAAGCACGUAAGCCUAGCCCAUGAAUUCGAAGACUUGGUGAGAAAGGACGUUAGGUUUGAGCUCAUAUUUCCUGUAACCCUAGGAGUGGUUUGCUUCAGGUUAAAG